GGCUCGUCCUGUCGCAGAGCGGACAUGGAGGAGGACUUAUUCCAGCUAAGGCAGCUGCCGGUGGUGAAAUUCCGUCGCACAGGCGAGAGUGCAAGGUCAGAGGACGACACGGCUUCGGGAGAGCAUGAGGUCCAGAUUGAAGGGGUCCGUGCAGGCCUAGAGGCCGUCGAGCUGGAUGAUGGGGCAGCUGUGCCUAAGGAGUUUGCCAAUCCCACUGACGAUACUUUCAUGGUGGAAGAUGCGGUGGAAGCCAUUGGCUUUGGAAAAUUUCAAUGGAAGCUCUCUGUUCUCACCGGCUUGGCUUGGAUGGCCGACGCCAUGGAGAUGAUGAUCCUGAGCAUCCUUGCGCCGCAGCUGCACUGCGAGUGGCGGCUGCCCAGCUGGCAGGUGGCGCUGCUGACCUCGGUGGUCUUUGUCGGCAUGAUGUCCAGUUCUACCCUCUGGGGAAACAUCUCAGACCAGUAUGGCAGGAAAACAGGGCUGAAGAUCAGUGUGCUCUGGACCCUGUACUAUGGCAUCCUCAGCGCGUUCGCGCCCGUGUACAGCUGGAUCCUGGUGCUCCGGGGCCUGGUGGGCUUCGGGAUCGGAGGGGUCCCCCAGUCGGUGACGCUGUAUGCUGAGUUCCUUCCCAUGAAAGCCAGAGCUAAGUGUAUUUUGCUGAUUGAGGUGUUCUGGGCCAUCGGGACAGUGUUCGAGGUUGUCCUGGCUGUGUUUGUGAUGCCCAGCCUGGGCUGGCGUUGGCUGCUCAUCCUCUCGGCUGUCCCACUCCUCCUCUUUGCUGUUCUGUGUUUUUGGCUGCCAGAGAGUGCAAGGUAUGAUGUGCUGUCCGGAAACCAGGAAAAGGCCAUCGCCACCUUAAAGAGGAUAGCCACAGAAAACGGAGCCCCCAUGCCUCUGGGGAAACUCAUCAUCUCCAGACAGGAAGACCGAGGCAAAAUGAGGGACCUCUUCACACCCCAUUUUCGAUGGACAACCUUGCUGCUGUGGUUUAUAUGGUUUUCCAAUGCAUUCUCUUACUAUGGAUUAGUUUUGCUCACCACUGAGCUCUUCCAGGCAGGAGACGUCUGCAGCAUCUCCAGCCGGAAGAAGGCGGUAGAGGCAAAAUGCAGCCUGGCCUGUGAGUACCUGAGCGAGGAGGAUUACAUGGACCUGCUGUGGACCACCCUGUCUGAGUUCCCAGGUGUCCUUGUGACUCUCUGGAUUAUCGACCGCCUGGGCCGCAAGAAGACCAUGGCCCUGUGUUUCAUCAUCUUCUCCCUCUGCAGCCUCCUGCUGUUUAUCUGUGUUGGAAGAAACAUGCUCACUCUGUUACUCUUCAUUGCAAGAGCGUUUAUUUCUGGAGGCUUCCAAGCAGCCUAUGUUUACACACCUGAGGUCUACCCCACGGCGACCCGAGCUCUGGGCCUGGGCACCUGCAGCGGCAUGGCAAGGGUGGGCGCGCUCAUCACCCCGUUCAUUGCUCAGGUGAUGCUGGAAUCGUCCGUGUACCUGACGCUGGCGGUUUACAGUGGCUGCUGCCUCCUGGCUGCCCUGGCCUCCUGCUUUUUGCCCAUUGAGACCAAAGGCCGUGGACUGCAGGAGUCCAGCCAUCGAGAGUGGGGCCAGGAGAUGGUCGGCCGAGGGGCGCACGGCACAGGUGUCGCUAGGUCGAACUCGGGCUCUCAGGAGUAGUGACCGAUGGGGGGCUGAGCUGGUUUUUGAGGCUGUAGA